ACACCGCGCGGCUUAAGCAACAGGCUGGGACGACAGCGGGGCGGGGUUAGACGGGAAGUUCCGCCUCAGCCUCUCACUCAGCGGCGGUGUCGCACUUCUCCCGAGAGGCUCCGGCGAGGGGCAGGGCCGCGUUCGUCCGGGACCCGCCUCAAGCCUCGCAGCCUUUCACCCAGUUUCCUCCCGAUUCUUGCUGGGACAACAAAAUUGGGAAGCGGUUCUCGAAACAUACUGUCAAGGCGUAGUUGCAUUUGGUCGCCCAACUCACAUUGAAGCCUAAGACCCAGCUGAUUUCUCUUCAUUUCUGCAAAGUUACUGUACCAUGGCAGGCCAACGAACAUGUCAAAGGAGGAGCAGCAGAGCUGGCCCCAGGAAAAUGCAAGAACCUCCAAAGAGCAUUGAAGAAUUCUUAAAGUUUCAAAAUUGGAAAUAUCAAUUUGAACAACUAUCCUUGCAAGAAAAAUACCUUUACAAGAGCUAAGGAAUCCAGGAUUAUUGGCCAAGGGAAAUCCAUUUUAGAGAUGAUGAUAAAUGGUCAUGCACUCUGAAAAAAAUAAAAGAAGAUAGUUCAUUUGUUUCAAUUUAUACACACCUAUGGGAAAAUGUUCCUCGAAUAUCUGAAGCACUUUUGAUCAUGGAAUCAAAAUUAAAUGAAUAUUCACUUAUUUUGCAAAACCACACCUCUGAAAUAUUUAAGUGGAAAAGCAUGAUUUCUGAGACAAGUUCUUAUAGAAAAUUGGAACGAUAUGGGGAAUUUCUAAAGAAGUACCAUAAGAAAAAAAAGAUAAUGCUUUCAGAUGAAAUGGAGACAGAGAAGAAUAUAGAGGGUUGCAGCUUCACAGGAUUCAAAGCAAAUGAACUUACUCAGCUACCCAGACAUUUGGAUGCUGAACAAAUUUAUCUUUUUAUUUUAAAAGCCCAUAAUUUUGAUGAAAGAGUUUUUAAAAUCUGGAAGACUCAUUUUCUCUCAGAAGCCUCCAUUGCUCUUUUGCAUGACUCCUUUUGGUGGUGGUUUCUCCAUAAAUUUAGGCCUGACAGAGAAAACCAAGAUUGCUUAUUCGAUAGAAUUUCAGAAAGUUAUGUGACACUUUUCAUGAGCAUACCUCUAAGUCGAAAGGAUGCAUUUUUUCAGAUAUAUCCUGAUUGUUUGGCACAAGCCAUAUAUGCAACGUUCCAUGAAGCAUUUCCAGAAUCGAGUUACCUCUUUAAUGAUGAAUUUAAAGAAGAUCUAGGGAAUAACAUUUUUCUUUGGUGUUCAGGUUUAAAACCUCAAAAAGGCUUUUGGACCCACUGGAAACUGAAAGAACUCUCCACAACCACCAUUCAUGGUAGCAAAAAAGCACCUGCAAAAUCAGUAAAGGAAAGAAUUGCAGACAGUCAAGAACAUAUAUCAACUAGUAUCGACUUCAAUAUUAUAAAGAUUCUAAACAACCCAAGAGCAUAUAUGUUGCCCAUAUCCAAGGAAGAAUCAAGAUUAUCAAGACUAGCAACAAAGUCGCACUAUAGUAGUACUGGUCCAGAGUUUAAUCGUGUUCUCUUCAAUUUUGGAGGUCAGAGUCCAUUGAUUUUAUAUUAUCUUAAGAUGCAUGAGCUGGCUGGUAUUUCCAAAGCACCUAAGAAAACCAAGAUUAAACUCACUAAGAUAUUCCAGGAACCACUACCUGCUCCAACAUACCGUGAUGUUAUAAAGGAGGCAAAAAGACAAUUUGCAAGGAACCAAAAGGAUUUUAGGAUGGAAAACCUCAGAAUUAAUGAAGAAAUAAAACUUCUAAAACAGCAGCAGGAAAGAAUUGACAAGGAGCUUGACAGACUCCAAGCAAAGGCUACCAAGAAACCUCAUGAAGUGAAACAGGACUUUGAGAAGUUCCUACAUAAACUGCGUUCUGAAGCUGAAAUUGAGAGAGAAUGUGUGGCAUCGCUAUCGUCAUCAUCACCAUCAUCAACAGACAACUACAACUUUGAGGAAGAAGAAUACUAAGAGAAAUCAGAAAUGAACUCUAUUCAAGAAUAAUGCA